AUGGCAAAACAUGGAGGUAUUCCAGAUGAUCUUCUGUGUAAGCUAGCUGAAGACAUUGAGACGGGUGAACAGAUGGAGGCCUUGGCACGAUCACUAAAAUUCAAAUCUGCAGCCAUCAACAGAUACGCGGAGACUAACCGACUAGAAGGACGUGUCACGUGUAAGGGAACACGUGAUAUGCUGUUUGACUGGAGACAGACCGUGGAACUAUCCAAUCAGCACCCUAGGCUGAAACACGCUCUCAUUGAUGCUAAACUAGUCAUGCUUGCUGAAACUUAUCUCAAAGGGACGUUAGCCACCCAAGAUCUGUACAAUGAGAAGAUUUCGGAAUCUCUGACUGUUCGUAAGUGUCGCACAAUCUUAGAGGAUAAAUAUUCGAAUCAGCUAUGUAAAAUUCAAAUGAAACCUUGGGAUAAAGACGAUUAUGCAGAGUUUGAGGAAAUGCACACCGUUGUUACCAUGGUAAAAAAAGAUGCUCGUGGAAGAGAUAUUAAAGAAAAACAAAUACUCCAAGGCUCUGUUGAAAAAAUAUUUUCAGCAGAAGUAAACGGGAGGUUUCCAUCUCGAAUCCUUAUUUCGGCUCCGGCUGGACGAGGAAAGACGACAGCUGUCGCUAAGAUGGCUCACGACUGGGUUAACAGAGAGGAAGGGUCAGGAUUAGAAGACUUGCCACUUCUGUUCGUAGUAAAGUUUCGAAACACAAGUCAAAGUACAUCGAUCGGAGAAGCCAUCAUAUCACAACUCCUGAGUGAUGUUAAAGAUCUGACGCCAGAGGGCAUGGAGGAGUUCAUCAGGCAGCAUCAGGGAAUCUGUCAUAUUAUACUAGAUGGGCUAGACGAGUAUGCUGGCAUUUUUUCCUCGAGUAAUAUCAUGAACAUUCUCAGAUGGGAAAUGUUUCAACAAUGUCGAGUCCUUGUAACAACUCGACCUCACCUAGAAAACGUUUUCAGUCAAGGAGAUCUACCAAGGGUGUACACGAAAAUGGAGAUUGAAGGAUUCUCCAAAGAGAGCUCAUGUGAUUACAUUGACCGGUUCUUUUCUUCCCAGAUUCAGGAACCUAUGAGAGCAGAUGGCUUGAAGUUUUACCUCGAUACGAAUCCACUGAUAGAGGAACUAGUAAAAACACCACUAUUCUGCCUCAUGGUAUGUCACUUAUGGUCUGUAGAUCGACUUGACAGUAAGACUUCGACUCAAACAGAAUUACUCGACAAAGUAAACGUGUUUCUGAGCCACCACGCAAAUGAACGGACCGAUGGGUUAUUUACACCUGAAACCCUACACGCAAUAAUCCACAAACUGGGUAAAGUUGCUCUCACUGGUCUACUUGCUGAUUCUAAGAAGUUAGUAUUUACCCCUCGUGAUUUUCAGAAGAUUCCAUCUGUCCUCGAUAAGGCAUGUGAGUUAGGGAUAGUAUCCAAGACAACUGUAUCAAACGCUCGCCUUCCUCGAACUAACAAAACAAAUUCUACUACUAUAGAAUUUUAUCACAAACUUGCCCAAGAACACGCAGCCGGAAAGUUCCUUGCUGAUAAAAGCAGCCAUUUGCAGCUGAAUUGGAAGAUUUCUAAGUUAGACCGAGUGCUGCGAAAGAUCAAAAGAAACAUUGGUGAAUAUGAAAAUCUUAUUCGUUUUGCUGCUGGCACAAAGAACAGCCUCUGUAUUCGAAUAAUGGAGACGCUUCUGACAAACAAAUAUUUAUCUGAGAGUGAGCGUUAUCGUAUUCUCUUAGAUUGUUCGUCCGAGUCAGGGGUUAGCGAUGGGAAUGUGUCAUCACUGGUGCGAAGUUGUGUGACGUCACAAAGUAUUCUUUUGAAGUCACCAACAGUCUACACUGCUGUUGGGUUACAAAAUCUUCCAAGUGAGCUGAAACAGAAGGUUCUUAGUGUGAAAUACGAGCGUUCUGUUCUGACAACCGCUGUGACAGAUGGACUAUGGGCCUGUCUGAAAUCAUUUUCGAUGCUAAAUUCUCUCACCAUCUCAGACACAUCUAUCGAUUUCCCUCAAUCUCCUCCUGAGCUACCAUCCAUCAGAAGUCUAUCAGUUAGGAGAGUGACGUCACAAUGCUACAGAGGUCUGAUCUCAUCGCUCCCUGGUUUGACAGACAUUGUAUAUACUGAUGAUGCAGAGGGGGACAUAGCCCAGAUUACAUCUGCUCUCUGUUGGACAGGGGGAAAUAAGCUCGAACGAAUAAUUAUUCGCAACACUCCGUCAUCAUUCCCGUCACGGAAGAGUCAUUUCCAGAGUGAGACAGAAGGAGAACCGAGGCUGCUAUUCGACAAACAUCCUUCGAAAAUGCUUAUAUUGCACAGCGCUGGACGUUCGGAAAACGAAGGUCCUGUUGAAGUCAUCGAGUCGUUUGCAUUUGUGGCAUCAUUUGCUGAACUUCAACUAGUAUUUCUUGAUGGUUGGUCAUUCAACUUCGAUAUGACGUUUGGGGUAGAGAUAAGCAAAUGUCAACUGUCCCCUGAGAUGACUACGAGGGUAUGGUCCUGUCUCAGUUCCUUCACCUCCCUGAACCAUCUCACCAUCUCAGACUCAUCUAUCGAUUUCCCUCCAUCUCCUCCUGAGCUACCAUCCAUCAGAAGUCUAUCAGUUGAGAGAGUGACGCCACAUUGUUAUAAAGGUGUGAUCUCCUCGCUCCCUGGUUUGGUAGACAUAGUGUAUAUUGAUAUCACUAUCGAUGAUGCAGAGAGAGACAUAACCUUUAUCACGGCUAGUCUUCGUCGGACCGGAGGACAAAAACUCACACACAUUACCCUUCGCACUGUGCACUCACUCCCACUAGAGCAGAAACGUGUAUCUAGAGACACAAUGAGAGGACUGGGUCUGCUCAUCAAGGAACAUACCAAGAACAUGGAGUGUCUCAUUCUGGAAAGGGUGAAGUGCACAGACGAGGAUGACAUGGUUUAUCUUAUUGAAUGCUGCAGACAUGUGAAGACGCUGGAAUACCUAGGGCUCUGGUAUUGUGGGACUGUGUCGAACGGUAGGGAGGCUUCUCAUCUUACACAUAUUAAGCGCCUUGACGGUAUAUCAUCCAACAACCUCCUCGUGCUUGUUAUCCAUGAUGAUAACGGACUUUUACAAUCAAUAUGGGUACCUUAUUUCCCACAAUGAUUGGACGAUGAGCAUGAUGAGACUGAAGCUGAAGCCUGUGCGCUAUUAGUGUCUAAUGCAAGCGAGUUUAUCGUACCACGCCAUGGAAUGGAUUUAGACGAUGAGAACACAAGAACCCGUAUGGUAAAGUCAACACUGCUAUAUGUUCCACACCGGACCUUUAACAUGUUUAAUGUGUUUAAUAUGAUAUACCCAAUAUUGUAAAGAUGAACUAGGCAUACGGCAUGCAUAUUACACGCAUUAUACAUUUCAUGUAUAAUAAUGAAUUAUUGGUGAAAAUUCACAAGUACUUACUUUUAACAGUGGCCUCGACCUACGGGGGUCCAGUCCGACUGGAAGUGCACCGUGCGCCGCU